AGUGCAGCGGCGGCGGCUCGGGGGACCGGGGCCUUUUGUUCGGAGCGGCUGAGGGGGGCCCCGGAGCGGCGAGGCCSGCGGCCUUCCCCAGCGCGCUCGGUCCCGGUCGCCCCUCGCGGGGGUGGGGGGCCGCCUCCUGGGCCGGGCGUCGCCCCAGGCGCCGCUGCCCCGCCCUAGGCCCGCCCCGCCUGGCCUGAGGGGAGGAACCGGCCGGGCCUCGCGGCGCGGCCCUGCCAGCUCCGAAGUCGCUGCCGCUCUUCCCCGUGCUCCGGACCCGAGGCUUCCCCUCGCCCCUCAGGCCGACGCCAUGAAGAUCAAGGAUGCCAAGAAACCCUCUUUCCCAUGGUUUGGCAUGGACAUUGGAGGAACUCUAGUAAAGCUCUCAUAUUUUGAACCUAUUGAUAUCACAGCAGAGGAAGAACAAGAGGAAGUUGAGAGCUUAAAAAGUAUUCGGAAAUAUUUGACUUCUAAUGUAGCAUAUGGAUCCACUGGCAUUCGGGAUGUACACCUUGAACUGAAGAAUUUAACACUUUUUGGCCGAAGAGGGAACUUGCACUUUAUCAGAUUUCCAACCCAUGACCUGCCUACUUUUAUCCAAAUGGGAAGAGACAAAAACUUCUCAACAUUACAAACGGUGCUAUGUGCUACAGGAGGUGGUGCUUACAAGUUUGAAGAAGAUUUUCGCACAAUUGGAAACCUCCACCUGCACAAACUGGAUGAACUUGACUGCCUUGUAAAGGGCUUGUUGUAUAUAGAUUCUGUCAGUUUCAAUGGACAAGCAGAGUGCUAUUAUUUUGCUAAUGCCUCAGAACCUGAACGAUGCCAAAAGAUGCCUUUUAACCUGGAUGAUCCCUAUCCAUUGCUGGUGGUGAACAUUGGUUCAGGAGUCAGUAUUUUAGCAGUCCACUCCAAAGAUAACUACAAACGAGUGACUGGGACAAGCCUUGGAGGGGGUACCUUUCUGGGUUUAUGCAGUUUACUGACUGGCUGUGAAAGUUUUGAAGAGGCCCUUGAAAUGGCAUCCAAAGGCGACAGCACCCAAGCUGACAAACUGGUCCGUGAUAUUUAUGGAGGAGAUUAUGAAAGAUUUGGUCUACCAGGUUGGACUGUUGCGUCUAGUUUUGGAAAUAUGAUUUAUAAGGAGAAGCGAGAAUCUGUUAGUAARGAAGAUCUGGCAAGAGCUACUUUAGUUACUAUCACCAAUAAUAUUGGCUCUGUGGCACGAAUGUGUGCUCUUAAUGAGAAAAUAAACAGAGUUGUCUUUGUUGGAAACUUUUUACGUGUCAAUACUCUGUCAAUGAAACUUUUGGCAUAUGCACUGGAUUAUUGGUCCAAAGGUCAAUUGAAAGCAUUGUUUCUAGAACAUGAGGGAUACUUUGGAGCAGUUGGUGCACUUCUCGGGCUGCCAAACUUCAGCUGAAACAUCAGAAAUUUCUCUGCUAAUGAAUGUCAUCCAAGAGGAACUAAAACCAGAGGCAUUGUAACCGCAUUAUUUGUCCUUGGGAACCAAAGGAUAAAAGAGUUUCACUAUUCCUGUUAAUUUUUAAAAUGUCAGAAUGGAAAGCUCACGAAUGCCAUAUUAAAAGAGAGAGCUCUGUAACAUGAAGUAUUGUCGAAGUGUUUUCCCUUCUGUAUAUAGACAGUGUUCUUUAAAUGCAAUAUAGCUGAUUAUUGAGCUUCCUCUCAGAAAGAUUUUCUAUUUAUUUUAUGUAGCCAGCAUUGUAGUACUAUAUGCUCAAGACACGAAUCUUAAAGUCUCAGAAAUGUUUCACUUAUGAAAAAUAAUUGAUUUUGAAUAUAUGUUUUGAAUCCGUUUUAUGCAUUUUGAUUACUAGUGAGCAGACAGUAAUAUACCCAGUAUGAAAAUUUAUUAUAAUGGCAAUCAGAGAUGAUGAUUUUAUGUGAUUUUAGAAAUGUUAAGGCAAUAUUAAUUAUUGUAGUUUUUCUAACACAUCCUCCUCAAAAAAGCAUGUUCUAUGUGAUCUUUGCCCAGAAGUAUAACUUUCCUCAAAUGCCAUUUAUUUAACUAAAAUACUAUUAUUAUAUGUUACCCUGAAUUUCAGAAUGAAUCUAGGAAAAUGCACCUGUCUGGUGACAUCACACUUUCUGUAUUUUUAAUUUAAUCAACACAUUGAAAUGUUUGUAUCUUUAAAUUGAAAGUUUACUUAUUUUGUAAUCUGAUGAAGUCCUUAGACUAUUCAAAUGGAAUAUGAUUUGAGUGAAUCAAUGAUUCUGUACUGUUUUUACCACUAAAUUAUCAUGCCCAAAGUUAACACAUUGCUUAUUCAAUAUGAACAAUGAAAGCUAAAGAUUCUAUUCUAUUACAAACAACAACAGAAUCAUAUUUAUUCUAAAUGGGUGUUUUCAAAUGUUGAGAGUCUGAGGCAGUAUUGCAGAAUUAUAAAAUAAUCAGUGUUUCCUACUUUUGGUAAUAAAAGCAAUUGUAGUUUAAAUUUUUUUUAAUUAUUUUGAAUUCAUUUUUUUAAUGUUACAAAAAUUAUCAGCUUUUACAUUGGCAGUAACAUUUUGGUGGCUCAGUAGUUCAGUGAUSUUGUUCAAGUCUGUUGCUAUCAGUUUGGAAAGUGGAAAGACCUGGGAGGAUGAUUCACCUCUGUACAUUACCAGCAAAUCUGGAUGUACUUAGAAGACUUUAGAUGUUAAAUUUCAGGGUGUKAACCAUGUGUUUUUACAGAUCCCAGAGUUGUUCAGUAGACUGUCAAGAGAUACUUCAUAAGGAUAUUUUUCCAUGUGCUUUUCACAUUUUGUACUCAAACAUUUAAAAUUCAGUUUACCUAAAGACACAAACAUGUGAAUAAUAAUAGUGUUUGUGGGGUGGGCAUGGGAAAGGUCUUAUAAUUUUGACUUUUCAGAACUUUAAAUUCAGAUUGCUCAGUAGCCAUUCUAAAGAUGUUCUGACCACAUUUCUUGCUUUAAUGUUUCCGUUGGCGUGACUGGCUGUUUCAGCUGAAAUGCCAUUGAGUUCAUUUUAAAUGUUUCUAAUUUGGGUGUUUGUACAGAUAAGAAUAUUCCCAAAUGACAGUUACUACAUUUUAUACCUGUAGGUUUAGUGCAG